AUGGGUGGAAGUAGUAGUAAAUUACUUGUUCUGAAUUUACUUGGGACAAGUAUUGGCUGGAUAGAUCCUUCUUUUUUUACUCAGUUGAAUGGUUUGAAUAGAUUGUUACUUGAUGGUGGAGCACUUUGUGGUGGUUGUGGCUACGGAUUCUUAGGCAGUUUACUUGGGUUAGAGUACUUGAAGAUAGAAGAUGUUCGUACUAGUGCUUGUGGCCGGUGUAAGACGGAAAAAAGUACUGGUGGAUUUUCAACGGCGGUUAAGAAUUCGGUUUAUAAUAUGACUUGUAAGAUGGAUAGUUUAGUAGAGUUAGAUUUAUCAGGACGAGCGAUGAAUAUUGAUUAUUUUGUGUUUUUAACGCCAUUACCUAAUUUGGUAAGUUUACGGAUGCAAGGCCGAUUAGUAAGAGAUAUGAGUUUAAGGGACUGGCCGGGUAUUCUUAAGACUUUAAAACACUUGACUUUAGGAGUGAUUGAUGAUGCGGCGGAAGCGAGUGCGCAGAAGUUGUACAAUGAAUCUACUUUUUAUGCGGAACGGAUCUUAGAAGCGACUAAUUUAGAGACCCUUUCUUUUGAUAGUAUUACUAAACGCCGGAUUAAGUUCUCCUUAGGAACUAAAAAGGUUGUUUUUCCUUAUCUACGUCAUUUAACAAUCAGAAAUUGUGAUUUGCGGCCAUUGACCUUUUUUAACAAGGAAAACGCCCCAGUCUUAAGUAGUUUAGAGAUAGUGAGUAUUUCCUUUACGGAAGGGUACUUCUAUACGAUUAAGAAGCGGUUAGGGAAUAGAUUGCAAAGUUUAAGGAUUGGAAUUGAAAAGAUGGAUGCUCCCCAGGCUAUCUAUGAUUUAUUUACGUUUAUUAGAAGUCAUAAGGACUUAACAACUUUACAUUUACAUGUUUGUGAGACCAUUACGGAAUCACAGAGUUUUUACAAGUACUUUAGUGAUCGGCCGGCUUUGACUGAGUUGUACGUGAUGGGUAGUAUGAAUACACACCGGAUGAAACGGUUUUUGUACCAAUUAGGACAUUGUACGACCAUUAGUACGUUAUUAUUAGAUAUUGAAGAACCGGCUACGGUGAUGUCAUACUUUUAUCCGUUGUACAGUUUGACUUUCUUCUCUUUGAAAGCUUCCUUUGCCGGACAUCCACGGGCGCCUUUACCUAUUCAUCGGUCGGACUUGGAAAAGCUGGCGAGUAUGAAGGGAUUGGAAGUCUUGGAUUUGGCGGGAUGUGGCCUACCAGAACUACCUCCUAGUAUUCUGCCUAGUUUAACACAGUUAAAUCAGCUUUAUCUGAACAAUAACAAUCUUUUGGCCCUUCCUGAGGCAGCGAUAGCAACUAUCAAGUCUCGGAAAGAUGUGCCGAUGUACAUAGACCUAACAGGGAAUCCUCUGAACAGAGAAGUACUGUUGGAUGUACUGAUCAAUGGUUGCUGGCUGGGACAGGCCGGAUACAUUCUGAUUUAG